AUGGCCUACUUCGGACCCCAGUUCUUCUCCCUCCUAGUCGGCAACAACAACUCCCUCACCCUUCUCCUUACCCGCAUCUUCGGCGCCCCGAAAGUAACAAGUUACCUCGCGUUCAUAAUCUGGAUCGCCGAACGAUUCCUCCGCAGACCCCUGUUCAUCUUCGGCGUCCUAAGCAUGUCCCUCUGCAUGCUCUCUACCAGCUCCGUCCGUCAAAUCAGUCCCUCACCAAGACGAUACCAACAGCAACAACCAAUCCCCCAAAUUCGCACUCACAGCUAUCCUAACUAUCUCGCUGAUCUACCUAGACAUAGUCGCGUACAACCUCUCCUGGUGUGGAUGGAGAGGAGGCAGAAUCCUGUCUGA